GAGCGCAGUAGUACAAGAGGCCAGUUGAAAAGAAGUGAAAUUUUACCAACUUGAAGUUAGCGUCACUUGUCGAUCACAUUUUUAAAAAUCAGCUGUUUAUUUAAAGUAGCCGGUUUGUUUAGUGAUUUGUUUAUAUUUAUUUAUUGAUUGCUCUGAUUUAUAAAUUAAAAUGAGUUCUACGGACUAUCUACGUUUAAACGAAUUCAAAAUAUUUAAAGAAUUGCGCGAAUCGUUGCCGAAAACGUGUAAUAAAACUCAGAAUCUGAUCACCGUUCACGACAAUGUUUUGUUUACUUGGGACUUUCAAAACCACUGUGUGUUAAGUUUAAAUCUAAAAGCUGCUAGAGGGAAAGAAGGCGACAAUGUUAUUCAUCAGAAACUUCUUCCCCUACAUCCACCACUUUUUACACCAGAGUGUGUUACAGUCAACCAAUCGGGAUCCUUGUUAGCAAUAAGUGGAUCUUCUGGUAUCUUGGUGCUGGAACUGCCGUCAAGAUGCCCGCCCUUUGGAUCGUUUCAAAACAACAAAGAAGUUGUGUAUUGCAAAGCACACAGUUUGGAUGAACGUCUUCUUUCAUGCAGUGAGUUGGUACAGCUAAGAAAGCUACAGUUCCAUCCAGGAAGUCCAAACCACAGUCACAUCGUUGCACUAACUUCAGACAAUAGUUUAAGGUUAUACCAAGUCGAAAAUGGUGAAGUUCGCAAUUUGGCAGUAUAUUCCGUCGGAGAAAAACCGUCGACUUUAUUUCCGGGAACUACAACUACUUUUUUGGAUAUAUACGGAGAAGUAGCCAUAGACUUCGAUUUUGGACUUCCAGAAAUUCAAGAAAUUAAAGAAAUCAAAUCCGUGAAAUUCGAUGAAACAAAAUCAUUUAUUAAAGGUCAGACACGUCUGGUUGACACAGAAACACAAACGUCAAACAAAAUAGUGGCAAGUAUGAAAACAGAGAAGAAGAAAGGCAAAGAAGAAAACGAUACAGUUGUUUGGCCUGUUUUUAUUUUAAGAAGCGACAUGUCUAUCUACAAAGUGUCAUUUGAUUUAAAACUGAGAUGGAAACCGAUAAUUGGCGCACCUCUAGCUAUGUCAUACACGGCAGAAGAACAAAUUGAUGCAUGUUCCAUAAUAUGUUUAAACACUGUUCCCCAAAUAAUCUGCAUAUCUUUAUGCGAUGGUUCCUUGCUUCAUGCAGUCUGUUUAGAAGUUGAGUCAUCAAAGUCUGGAUCUAAGAAGUACUCUGGCGCCGUUUCUGAACAAGAAUUAUUCGUCUUUGAAAAGAUACAAUUGGAACUAGGACUAACGACGUGUGAGGAAGAUCAGGGCAACAAUUCCAAAUGUGCAGUGCAACUUAGGAAGGACGAAGUGAGGCCCGAGAGAUAUUACGCUACCCACGGUGGUGGAAUACAUUCUGUCGUCAUUUCUUGUAUUGAUGGUUUACAGCAAUUUAUAAAUGCACCAGAAGCCGUGGACCCAACAUCCGACAUAUUUAUCGAACCCAGUAAGGCUGAGUAUUUGGUAUGUACAAAAAAGGCGUCAUCUCCCGAGAGCAUACCUGUAAUAGGUUUUGCGUUGUACUAUGAACCCACAUCGAUUAUUACCCUGCUCGGUGAUGGUAGAUUGGUCACCCUUGGAAUACUAUUGAGCACUAAUCUACCGAAUAUUGAAGAUUUGAAGAUCUCGGAUAAUACUGUGGUAUCUCCUUUAAAAAAGAUGCUGCAAGAACCAUUCACGCAAUAUAUAGAGUCAAUACUAAAGAAGACGUCUACACAUCCUGUUUUAAAAUUGCAACAACCAAAAGAAGGAACUCAAGAAGAAUGUUAUGAGCUUCUUCAAAGAACAGCCCAAUGUUUUAGAGAUGAAUAUUUCAAGAACCACAUAAAAGUAAAGGAUGAGUUAGAGAAGCGAAUCAAGACAUUAACUAUAAUGAAAAGAAACCAACAAAAUGAAAUCGAAAAUAUGAAACUUGAAAGAGAAAUGCUUCGAGAUAAAGCGAGUAAUUUAGCGGAGAAGUAUGAAGACAUUAAAGAUAAGCAAGAUGAACUUUUAAAGAAGUCCGAAAACUUGUUGAUGUUAGUUUCACGUAGAAGAAGUUCACCUUCAGCUGCAGAGCAGGAAUUCAUUAAAGAGCUGGACGACUGCAGUCGUAAAAUCGCAAUGUAUCAUGACAGGAUCGAUAAAGUAAAGAACAAAUUGAAGUACCAGCAAAUACAGAUGGAAAACUGGAAAUCCCAGGAAGUUAAAAAGAUUGGAACUAUUAACGAAAAACAUAUAUCUACUAUCAAAACUAAUCUAACGGACACGACGAAGAAAAUUACAGAAAUGGUCAGAAAGAUAAACGAAUACAAAAUACAACUGGAUUUACAAUGAUUUGUGUCCUAUAAAUGUCUUUCAGUGUCGAAAUAAAAAAAAUACUUACAAAUAAAUAAAUAAAUAAUACAGUUAUUCAAUAGUCAUCAGUGUUUCCAUUUAGGUUUAUUUAGUUAAUAUUAUAAUUUUUCUACGAUUGUACCAAAAGUAAAUGAUUUGAAGGUUUAUACAAUAAAAAAAGUAUUUAGGUUAAUUGCUUUUGUAUCCAAUGUUGUUUUUGUUUUUGUGUCUUAGCAAUUUUGUAUGCUUUAAAUUUUGACAAUUAAAAAUUUGGUGAAUGCACCAAUCGAAUUUUUUAAAAGACUGGCGAGGGAGCCAGGUCUAAGUUCCAAAUCUAAUAAACAUGUAAUAAUCAGAUUCAACUGCAUGAUUCGUUUAAAAAUAAAGUACAUAAAGUCAUAAGCUAUUAAGAAGAGAGCAGUAUCACCAUCCAUAAUAAAUUUAAUUUUACAUUAGUUACUGGCAUAAAUGUUGUUUAAAGUAGGAAAAAUAACAAUGUAAAUGAUUUUAACGUUUGUACAAUAAAAUAAAUAUUUCCAAUAA